AUGUCUUUCACGGAGACAGUUCGUCUGAAAGUAUACUGGAAUACUACUUAUACAACUGAACCUGAUGGGACUAUCACGGUACAUCGGGAUGCGCCGGACGGUUAUCUUAUCAUUGAUCGUAUGUUCGAUUUCUCAGAACUUGUUGAUAAGGUAUGUGGUGUGAUGGAAGUUGAUAGAGACGGGUUGUAUAUUGAUUUUUCUUUGGUAUGGACGGAGAGGUCAGGAAAAAAGUCUCGUGUGCACAUUAAUGAUGAUAAUACUGUUCGGUUCAUUUAUCUUUGUGCUGAUAAAUGGCCAGAAUUGUACCCUGAAAAUGUUAAGAGAAUAGGCCAUGUUUAUACAAGUACAUCUGGCCAGGAUACUGUGCCAGCACUAGUGGUGGUAGAACAUGAUGAUGAGUACGUCCCAUCGGAUGAGGACUCAGAUGACGACACUAAUUUUGAGUCAUCUUCUUCAGUCCCAUAUGUUUUCGACGACAUCAGUGAAUGGGACAAGACUUUAGAGGAAGUAGAUUGUGAUGGGAUUAAAAUGUGGGACGGCAAUCCAUUGACGCUAGGCCUUGAUGUACAUUUCAUCAACAAGCCUGAGGCACAGGCAGCAGUGGGAGAAUGGAACUUGGUACAUGGUCGGACUUUCCGGGUGAAAACGAGCUCUAAACGAACAUGGUAUGUCGAAUGCGAGACCUGUGGACCCAAAUAUCCGAAAGAGCGUCUUCACAGCUAUGAUUGCCUGUGGAAAGCGCGAGUUUCGCUACAAAAGGCCACCGGUACUUGGAAAAUGGUGAAAUGUCAGAAUGUUCUACCUCCUAAGCCCAUGAAACUGUAUGAAGAGGACGUUCGUAGUCUGAGUAUUAAAGGCCAUCGUACUUUCGACGCGGACUCCUUUGGUUAUGAUCGCUUAGGCGAGGUUGCCCAGGUUGCUGAGCGGGCGUUGUCCGUCAAUGCAACGAAUGUUGUACGUCACGAUCUCGAUAGGCAUGUUGAGGUUAAUGACAUUUUGAGUCAACAACUUGCACCUGUAGACCCGACCCAACAACAUCCACCUCCCAGACCUCCGAGGCGUUCACGCAGGUCUCAGCGUGGGUGUGGGGGGCAAGAGACAAUCGCGCCCACUCAGCCACAUCAGUGUUCCCAGCAUCAGCAGUCUCAUAUCCCCUUCACUGAGGGUUCAUCCCAUCAGUCUCCACUUAUGUCUCCACACUAUUCUUCUCAGCAUUCAUCCCAUCAGUCUCCACAUUCUCCACAUCAUUCAUCCCAUCAGUCUCCACAUCAGUCUCCCCAUCAUUCUUCCCCGACCCAACAGGCGUUUUAUCGUCCCAUUAUGUCUCCCCAGCACCAGCAGUCCCAUUUUGCCUUCACUCAGUUUUCCUCCCCUCAGACUUCUCAGCCUCAGUUUGGAGAUGCUUUUAUUGACUUUUCUGGCAUCAGGCUGAUGACCCAGGCUGAGGAUGCAGACCAGGAUGAUCAGUUUGAGGGUCAGGGUCAUCAGCGCCAUGAGGAGCAGGGAUCGAGUCAAACUCUAGGGACUCCACCGUUGGCUGUGAGUAAAGGCCAGAGAGUGAUGAAGGAGCCCGAUAGAUUGACUUAUAGCCAUUUCCAGGCUAAAAAGCUCAAGAAGAAGUAG